CCAGUAUCCUCAGGAGCCCUCCUGCAAGGCCAUGAAGAUGAUCUGGCUCUGCCUCUCUGCAGCCCUUCUGGUCAGUCUGGUGGACAGCACCCCAGAGCUUAGAAACAAUAUUCAGGACCAAGGUCAGGAGAAGACUUCAGAAAGACAUCUCAAGGAACACAUAGUACAGGAGUUCCCAACACAAAUACUGAAAGAGGAGGAUAAAGAAGCUUCUAAGCCUGCUUUCUGCAUGGAGCCUCAAUCGAAGGGUGACUGCAAGGCCAUGAUAAUGAGAUACUUCCACAACGCUGAAACCGGCCUCUGUGAGCAGUUUAGUUAUGGCGGUUGCGGAGGAAACAGAAACAACUUCCUAACAAAAGAGGAAUGCGUGAAGACCUGCUCUCCAGGGCCAGGUUCCCUGUGGUAA